AUGGCGGAGACGCGUUCUCCUCUGUGUCGGAGCCCCUCGCGUUCUCCUCUGUGUCGGAGCCCCUCGCGUUCUCCUCUGUGUCGGAGCCCCUCGACACCGCAGGAACCCAAGCAAGUGGCCUGGGAGCCGGUGUCUGCCGGGGCACGGCACACAGCGAGAUUAUUGUAUUAUCCUUACCAGACUGUCGUGGGGACACUGAAAAUCUACGUUGCAGUGGAAUGGCUGCAGGAUACCAACACAGAGUUGUUUUGGCCCAGCGUCGCGAUCUGCCUCAUCCUGAUUCCCUUCGGGAUGGUGGCGGCCUACCUGUCCAGGGACAGUCUUUCUGACAUCGCGUUCGACAUGUUUGAGGACCCUCGUAGCAGUAACAAGCUGAUGAAGACGCAAGUAUACGGGAUAUUUGCCAUGCACAUGAUGCCGGUGCUGCUCUUGGCAUCUCCACAAGCUGUGGCACAGACACUGGUUUUCAAUGCGCUUGGUUUCUUCAUGGUAUUGACUCCUCUUUUGGAUGAUGCUCAAGUUCUGAUAUCGAUAUUUUGCAGCUUUUCCGUCGUUGGGGUGGCACGGAGCUGCGCGGGCGACGUGUCACUUUCCAAAGCUAUAUGCUUCGGCGCCGGCUGCAAUGUUACAGAAGGCAUUGGUGUCCGCCUGCUAUUGCGCUUCUUCGACUCUGGCUUCCGACAGCAUGUACCACGAGCACGCGAGAUUCUUAGACAGGAAAGGCUUCUGGUGGGUGCUUCCCCCUACGCCUUGCAAGUGUUACAGGAUCUCACCCGCAAGCGAGAGGGCACCAGCUCUUUUCGUCAGUUUUCGGGACUGCUCAGACGCCGGCUCGACCGAAGAGAGCAGGCGGUUGCACAGUUUCUUUUCCUGCACCAUUGUGCCGUCCACAAAGGCCUGGAACACCGUGCGCUGGUCUGCAUCCUGGACUUCGUGGAGGGCGAGACGGAGCUCCCGACAGCUGUUGGACUGUGA